AUGGAUGUCGAUACGAGCAAAUAUGUCACGGAAGAGAGUGCAAUCUCUUCUCUAGGAUUUCCGCUAUACACUAAGUCAUGGAAGCCCACAGGAAUCGUCAAAGCCAGACUCGUGUUUGUGCAUGGAUUCAGUGAUCAUUGUAACAAUCCCGGUGUUUUUCUCUUCCCCUAUCUGGCCAGUCAUGGAAUUGAAGUGUACGCAUAUGAUCAAAGAGGCUUCGGUCGUAGCGCCAACCUACCAUCCCAGCGCGGCGCCUCAGGACCUACCAAAACAGUCCUCCUCGACAUGACAGAACUCCUCAUGACAGUUCUUCCCUCCCCAUAUCCAGUUUUUCUCAUGGGCCACUCAAUGGGGGGCCAACAAGUGCUAUACUACGGUACCCAAGGCCCAGUAUCAAUUCUCCAACAACUCAGCGGCUUCAUCGUUGAAGCCCCAGCUAUUCAUCUUCCAGACGCGCCUACAGGUUUUCUGCGUCUACUUUUGCGGUAUAUGGCGAAGAUGUUGCCAAAAUUCCAGAUGCAUGCGGCGCCCAAGCCUGCGAGGUUGACCAGAGAUCCGGUGAGGAAUGCUGAGAUUGAGGCGGAUGUGCUGUUUCAUGGUUACUGCACUUUGGAAGGGAUGAAUGGGGCUUUGGAAAGGGUUGACUAUAACAUCAGUGCUGGGUGUAAGCAGUUGGGCGAAGCCACACCGAUGCAUGAACCUAGUCUGCUUAUGUUGCAGGGGACUGCGGAUGACGUUUGUUUGCCGUCUGGUGCUGAGGAGUAUUUCGAGAAAUGCCCAUUGAAGGAUAAAGAGCUCAAGCUCUAUGAGGGCUGGCUACAUGAGCUACACGGUGAAGUUGGCGAGGACAAGCUCACCUUCGCACGAGAUGUGACUUAUUGGAUACUGUCUCACUCCAAAUAAGUCGUGAGCACAGCGCGACCAUUUCUGAAGUUCCCAUAUACAUCAAUAGAGCCAGUCUCAUCGACGAGCUGUCCC